CCAGUCCCCCGCCCAGUCCCCCACCCACCUCCAAACUCCCACGAGGCGGCCGAACCUACCGCAUAUCCGGGAUCCCAUUCUCAACAACCACCGACGACUUCCGAGCCGGAUUUAGCCAGCUCAUUAAGGACCAUGAGUUCACACUGUCGCUGGGCGACUCCGGGAACGGCUACAAAACUGCGACUGUAACGUUCGAGGAAUCAGUUCCGCCGCCGUUCGACACAUGUAAGCCGCGGAAAAGGGCUUACUUCAUUGUGGAGGGAAUGGGGAAACUCGUGGUGGAUUGUGAUUUCUUUGGGAUGACGUCCUUGUAUUGCGCUGAGGAUGGGGCGGAGGUUGACAUAAUCGCGGUCACCGGUCUCGCGGGCCACGCCUACGGCUCUUGGAGAUCACGAAUGCAGAACCAGAUGUGGCUGCGAGACUUUCUGCCGCCGGAUAUGGAACGACUCGGUCAUAAAGUCAGGAUUCUGACGUAUGGCUACGACUGUAGCCUGCAGGAUAGUGACUCGUCGGCGGGGAUUUGUGAUUUUGCCAAAAGCCUUCUGGUGGAGAUUAAUGGUGCCCGUACGAGCAAAAAGGAAAGGCACCGUCCAAUAAUUUUCAUUGCGCACAGUCUCGGCGGCCUAGUCGUCAAACAAGCCCUCGUGAGUGCACUGAGAGGAGACCAAGACGAACGCACCAUCCUCAACGCAGUGACGGGCCUGUUCUUCUUCGGCGUGCCCAACUGCGGGCUCGACGUGACGAACCUGAUGACGCUAGUCAAGGACGCAAAGAACGCCCGGUUCAUCGACGAGCUGGGGGUGGGCUCGCACCUGCUGAGGCACAUAUGCACACAGUUCUCGCGGGGGCUCUCGCUCAACGAUUGCCAUGUCCAGUCAUUUUAUGAGCUGAGAUACACCGGCGCCGUCAUCGUAGGCCAAACUUAUCCGGUGUGCGAGCCUGCUGGAUCACCGUGCACUAACACACACUCUCGAAGGUCCAACCCGACGGGACCUGGGCACGCGGCGACCACGGGAUCCUUCUGGUGUCGCAGGAGUCCGCCACGUACGGCCUUGUGCGCAGCCCCACGUGCCAGCAAAUGGGGAUCGACAGAGAUCACUCGGGCCUCGUCAAGUUCACCGACGAGUGGGACCGGUACUACAUGCUCGUACGAGACGCGAUAUGCGCAUGUGCGGGGAGGUCGCCUGGCGUUGUUAGAGCGCGGUGGCGGGCGAUGGGGUUGGAUAGGGAGGGGGAGGCGGCGGAGGUUGGGUCGCCGACUUGGUGGUUCGAAACGUCUGGGAUGUUUGGGUGGAAUUGAGAAAUGGGCGAGCUGGGACUGGUUCGCAGUUGUUCCGAAUCUGCGAUCCGCAUCAGGGCCCAAUCCGCCAAACAUGCCAAAUGGGGCCCCCUAAAUACUCUAUCGGAGUACAUAGAGUAGUAAAAAAUAUAGGCUUUUCGGGACCAGAGUGCAACUUGAAUUAUGCAAUUUCCAUGUUGCUUCAGUACCGUGCUAGAAUUUAGCACCCAAUGUAAUGCAGA